AGAGAGAGAGAGAGAGAGAGAGAGAGAGAGAGAGAGAGAGAGACGCCUCUGUUCUCCCCUACUCCACUGGACUUUAUGCAUUGAACGGGCGCGAGACAUUCCCUGCCGCUAUGUGAGCAGUCAUCGGGAUACUGAGCACGCAGCUAUCGGUGAGCCGCUAUCUAUUCCCCGACCCGGUAGCGUUGCCGUCAGGCGAACCUUCUUUUUUAACGUAAUUUCUCGGGUCGGAAGCUCGCCUUGGAAUCCAACUGCAGUAUUCGUUGGCACCACAAACCCCCCUCUUUCGUUAAUUGGGAAGAUAUUCCCACCCAGCCGUGUGUGUUGUGUGGACUGUAAGCGCGCCAAAGGACCCUCCGCACUGGACGCUCGUGCGGUUUGUUCGCGCGACUUGUGACAUAUGGCCUUUAUGCUGUCGGUCCCAUCGUGCUGUGAGAGGAACCGCUCCCCGCCAGACCGUCUGGGCUCAGCAGGAAGUGCCGUUGCAUUAACUUCCAGGUCAACUUCAGAGGUCAUGUGGUCCACACGCCUGCUCUUCCUGUGUUCCCUGUUUGCACCUCUGGCCCUCGUGUGCGGCCGCGCCCCCAUCCCCAUGGCAGUGGUGCGGAGGGAGCUGUCCUGUGAGUCCUACCCCAUCGAGCUGCGCUGCCCCGGGACCGACGUCAUCAUGAUCGAGAGCGCCAACUACGGCCGCACCGACGACAAGAUCUGCGACUCGGACCCGGCCCAGAUGGAGAACACUCGCUGCUACCUACCCGAUGCCUACAAGAUCAUGUCACUCAGAUGCAACAACCGCACCCAGUGUGCCGUGGUGGCGGGGCCUGACGUCUUUCCAGACCCCUGUCCUGGAACGUACAAGUACCUGGAGGUCCAGUACGAGUGUGUCCCAUACAAAGUCGAACAGAAAGUGUUCCUGUGCCCGGGCAUCCUGCGGGGGGUGUACCAGAGCGAGCACCUCUUCGAGUCGGACCACCAGUCGGGUGCCUGGUGCAAGGAUCCCCUGCAGGCCUCGGACAAGAUCUACUACAUGCCCUGGACGCCCUACCGCACGGACACGCUGACCGAGUACUCCUCCAAGGAGGACUUCAUCGCGGGCCGGCCCACCACCACCUACAAGCUGCCGCACCGCGUGGACGGCACGGGCUUCGUGGUGUACGACGGCGCCCUCUUCUUCAACAAGGAGCGCACGCGCAACAUCGUCAAGUUCGACCUGCGCACGCGCAUCAAGAGCGGCGAGGCCAUCAUCGCCAACGCCAACUACCACGACACCUCGCCGUACCGCUGGGGCGGCAAGUCGGACAUCGACCUGGCGGUGGACGAGAACGGCCUGUGGGUGAUCUACGCCACCGAGCAGAACAACGGCCGCAUGGUGGUGAGCCAGCUCAACCCCUACACGCUGCGCAUCGAGGGCUCCUGGGACACCAGCUACGACAAGCGCACGGCCUCCAACGCCUUCAUGAUCUGCGGCGUGCUGUACGUGGUGAAGACGGUGUACGAGGACGACGACAACGAGGGCACGGGCAACAAGAUCGACUACAUGUACAACACGGACAAGAGCAAGGAGACGGUGCUGAGCAUCUCCUUCCCCAACUCCUACCAGUACAUCGCCGCCGUGGAUUACAACCCGCGCGACAACCUGCUGUACGUUUGGAACAACUACCACGUGGUCAAGUACUCGCUGGACUUCGGCAACAACGACUACCGUCCCCCCAUGGUCCCCGCCAUCCGAGGGGGCGGAGGUGCUGGCGGGGGCUCGUCGUCCUCCUCUUCCACCGGCCGCACCAGCACCACCCGCGUCCCCCCCUACUACACCACCCCCCGGCCCCUGCUCACCACCUCCCCGGGCCAGCGCUACCGCACCACCACCACCGUGCGGCAGCCCACCCUGCAGCCGGGCGCCGGGGGAGGGGGCUCAGACACCAACCAGAUCCCGGACACCAACCAGAAGGCGGGCGGGCGGUACCCUCCCGUCCAGGCACCCCCCGCCGUGGCACAGCAUCCCCCCGCCCCGCCCCCACAGCCCCCCGUGCUGCCCCCCCUGCCGCCGCCGCCCCAGGACUUCUGCAGCCCCCGGGUCACGGCCGACGUGUCGUGGCCCCGGACCCAGCAGGGCCAGCGGGCCAAGCAGCCCUGUCCCGUUGGAACUCUGGGUGUGGCCACAUACGUGUGCGUAGCCCAGCUGGGUUACUGGGAUCCCCAAGGCCCUGACCUCAGCAACUGCACGUCACCCUGGGUCAAUCACAUCAUGCAGAAGCUGCGUUCGGGGGAGACGGCGGCCAUCGUGGCCAAGGAGCUGGCGGAGCAGACCAAGGGGCUGCUGCGGCCGGGGGACGUGCCCUCCACUGUGCGGGCCAUGGCCCAGCUGGUGGAGCUGCUGGACGUCCAGCUCAGGAACCUCACGCCCGGCGGCAAGGACAGCGCCGCCCGCAGCCUCACCAAGCUCCAGAAGAGAGAGAGGUCCUGCCGGUUUUUCACGCAGGCAAUGGUGGACACGGUGAACAACCUGCUGCAGCCGCGCGCCCAGGCCGCUUGGAAGGAGCUGCCCACCAGCGAGCAGCUGCACUCGGCCACGCUGCUGCUGGACACGGUGGAGACCGGGGCCUUUAUGCUGGCCGACAACCUGCUGAAGACCGACACCAUCCAGGAGACGGCCGAGAACAUCCAGCUGGAGGUGGCGAGACUCAGCACGGACGGGAACCUGGCAGACGUGACGUUCCCUCAGUCUGAACUACAUGGAAACUCCAUCCAACUGUCAGCCAGCACUCUCAAACAACACGGACGCAACGGGGAGAUCCGGAUGGCCUUCGUCCUGUACAGGAACCUGGGCGCCUACCUGUCAACGGAGAACGCCAGCGUGCGUCUGGGCAGCGAGUCCGUCUACCCCAACUACUCGGUGAUCGUCAACUCUCCCGUCAUCACCGCCUCCAUCAACAAGGAGAGCAAGGUGUACCUGUCGGAGCCCGUGGUCUUCACCGUCAAACACCUGCAGCAUUCUGAGGAGAACUUCAACCCCAACUGCUCCUUCUGGAGCUACUCGAAGCGCUCCAUGACGGGGGUGUGGUCCACGCAGGACUGCCGCCUGCUGGCCACCAACCGCACGCACACCACAUGCUCCUGCACGCACCUGACCAGCUUCGCUGUGCUCAUGGCCCACGUGGAGGUCAAGAAAGCGGACAGCAUGCACGACCUGCUGCUGGACGUCAUCACCUGGGUGGGCAUCCUGCUGUCCCUGGUCUGCCUGCUCAUCUGCAUCUUCACCUUCUGCUUCUUCCGCGGGCUGCAGAGCGACCGCAACACCAUCCAUAAGAACCUGUGCAUCAGCCUCUUCAUCGCCGAGUCCCUGUUCCUGGUCGGCAUCAACCGGGCCGACCAACCGAUUGCUUGUGCGGUGUUUGCGGCGCUGCUGCACUUCUUCUUCCUGGCGGCGUUCACCUGGAUGUUCCUGGAGGGUGUGCAGCUGUACAUCAUGCUGGUGGAGGUGUUUGAGAGCGAACACUCACGCACCAAAUACUUCUACCUGGCCGGCUACGGCGUGCCUGCCAUCAUCGUGGCUGUGUCGGCCGCCGUGGACUACCGCAGCUACGGGACCGACCGAGUAUGCUGGCUGAGGUUGGACACAUACUUUAUCUGGAGUUUUAUAGGCCCUGCCACCCUCAUCAUUAUGCUGAAUGUCAUCUUCCUGGGCAUUGCCCUCUACAAGAUGUUCCACCACACUGCGAUCCUCAAGCCGGACUCUGGCUGUCUGGACAACAUCAAGUCGUGGGUGAUCGGGGCCAUCGCCCUGCUGUGUCUGCUGGGCCUGACCUGGGCCUUCGGCCUCAUGUACAUCAACGAGAGCACCGUGAUCAUGGCCUACCUCUUCACCAUCUUCAACUCCCUGCAGGGCAUGUUCAUCUUCAUCUUCCACUGCAUCCUGCAGAAGAAGGUACGGAAGGAGUACGGCAAGUGUCUGCGGACUCACUGCUGCAGUGGCAAGAGCGUGGAGACCUCCAUCUCCUCCUCCAGUAAGACCACCACCUCCAGGACCCCCGGCCGCUACUCCACUGGCUCUCAGAGUCGUAUCAGGCGGAUGUGGAACGACACGGUGAGGAAGCAGGAGUCCUCCUUCAUCACCGGAGACAUCAACAGCUCGGCCACGCUCAACAGAGAGAGUGUGCUGAACAACGUGAGGGACUCGAGCGUCAUGGAUACGCUGCCUCUCAACGGUCACCAUGCCAACAACUACAGCAUGGCCAGCAGUGAGUACCUGAGCGACUGCGUCCAGAUCCUGGACCGCAGCGGAGGCUACGGUACCCACGGCAACCACAAGGAGACCACCCUGGAGAAGAAGAUACUGAAGGAGCUGACCUCCAACUACAUCCCAUCCUACUUGAACAACCACGAGCGCUCCACCACCGAGCGCAGUCACAACCUCAUGAACAAGCUGGUCAACAGCAGCCUGGCCAACGGAGGAGGCAUGGUGGGCGGCGGCAGUAGCAGCAGCAGUGGCAGCAGCAGCAGUAGCGGCGGCAGCGGCGGCAUGUGCAGCAGUAAGGAGGACGGCGGGCCGAUGGCGCUGGACGACCCGGCCGCCUUCCCCCACGACGAGGCCCUGGGCCUGGAGAUCAUCCGGGAGGAGUCCAACGCCCCGCUGCUGCCCCCGCGGCCCCCGCCCCCGGACAGCCACCCGCCGCCGCCGCCGCCCCCGCACAGCUUCGCCCGGCCCCGCCGCAUCCCCCAGGAGACGGGCGAGAGCUUCUUCCCCCUGCUGCCCAACGAGCACACCGAGGAGCACGCCCACUCGCCCGGCCACAGAGACUCGCUGUACACCAGCAUGCCCGUGCUCACGGAGCUGCCCGACGCGCCCGCCAACGGCCUGACGGACGGCGAGGAGGAGGCCAGCUCGGGGGAGCUGCAGCCCUGCAAGAGCGCCACGGCCCCCGAGCUGGACGACGUCUACUACAAGAGCAUGCCCAACCUAGGCUCCCGCAACCACCUGCACGAGCUGCAGAGCUACUACCACAUGGGCCGCGGCGGCAGUGACCGCUACAUGGUGCCCGCCAACAAGGAGGAUUCGGAUUCGUCACCGGAGGAGCCCCCCGUGGACCCCGCGCACCUGGUCACCAGUCUAUAG